AUGGCAGACAGGCUAUACCAAUACUCCACCGCAUCCGCGCUCAUGGCCGGCGUCGCUUCCACCGGCAUUCCACUGUCCAAUCUUUUAGAGCAUGGCACCCACGGCCUAGGAACAAUGUCCUCCAUAAACGGCGAAGUCGUUAUUCUCGAUUCUACGACCUACCAUCUCCAAUCCUCUGGUGCAGUGCGCGUUGUCGAAGCACACGAACAACUGCCCUUUGCCAUGGUAACCUCUUUCAACGACUGCAAGACGCGCACUCAAUCUACCUUCUCGGACCUACCCAGCAAACAAUCCAUCCUCCAAUAUCUACAAUCUCUAUUUCACGGCAUAAACAAUCGCUUCGCAUUCUUCCUCAUUCCGCACAUUCAUCUCGACACGAUCACCGCCCGCGUCGUCCGCGGCCAACAAUACCCGCGCCAACCGCUGUCGGAACUGGGCGAGGCACAGAAAGUGAACACCUACGAGUCCGUAACGGGUAGUAUCGUCGGAUUCUGGGCGCCGACGUACAUGGAUGGAGUGUCGGUUAGUGGGCUACAUAUGCAUUUCCUGUCGGAGGAUAGAUCGUAUGGAGGGCAUGUGCUGGAGAUGCGGUCCGCGUCCAAGUUUGAAUUGCAGGCGGCGUUGCUGAAUGAGUUUGAUCUGGAGCUAGCUGAUAACGAGGAAUUUGGCGAUGCGGAGUUAGGGGUGGGAGGCGAGGCACUGAAGAAGGUCGAGGGAUAA